AUGGGAGGCCAUAAAAAAUGGACAGACGGUGUGGUCAAGGCUUUAAGGGAUGUUGUGAACAGUCCAUACUCACCUGAGUAUGAUGUAUCUGGGAUUACAGAUCCUUUUCUCCACAUCAGGUUGCUGAAGUUUUUGCAGACUUUGGGCCAAGGAGAUGCAGAUUCUAGUGAUUGCAUGAAUGAUAUACUUGCUCAGUGUCUAGUUGGGGAAGGAAGGAUCAGCAGUGGUGGUGGUGAGAAAGAAGUGGCAGUUGUUGGAGGUACAGUUGCAUCAAAAACUGAGUCAAAGAAAAAUGUUGGGAAUGCUAUUCUCUAUGAAUGUGUUAGAACUAUUAUGAGCAUUGAAGACAAUGGUGGCUUACGGGUGCUUGCUAUCAAUAUCUUGGGGAGAUUUCUCUCAAAUCGUGACAACAAUAUCAGUACAUUUUGUGCUAAUGGAAACAGGUGCUUAUUAAAGAUUGGUUAG